AUGGCCAUGUCAGGCUUCAUGGGAAGACAUAUACCGGGGAAAGGUCGCGGACUCAUCGCCGCCCGCGCGCUGUCCCGCGGAGAGCUCAUUCUCGCCGAAUCUCCCCUUCUCGUCCAACCACCGUCGUACACCAACGCCACGAUUCUCCGCGCCCUCUCCGCCCUCUCCGACGCUCAGCAGCGCGACUACUUCAGCCUCGCGAACGCGCACAAGGGCGUCCAUCCUCCCCCGCUCGGCGUAUUCAAGACCAACGCGCUGCCGUGCGGCGACCAUGACAUCACCACCGGCACCGCGGCGGGCAGCGGCGCCGUGUUCGUCCUCGGCUCGCGCUUUAACUCGUCAUGCGAUCCGAACGUCAAUAACUACUGGAACGAAGGCCAGGGGAAGAUCACGUUCUGGGCCGUGCGCGACAUCGCGGAGGGCGAGGAGCUCCUGAUCUCGUACGGGGAGCAUUUCGCGGGCAGGGACGCGCGCCGCGCCCGCCUGAAAAUGCAGUUCGGGUUCGUGUGUGAAUGCACGGCGUGCUCGCGCACGGACGAGGAUCUGAAGGCUAGCGACGAGCGCCGCGUCACCAUCGGGAAUCUGUAUAACGAGAUUGGACAGUACGGCGCUGUGCCUGCAGUUGGCAUUCGGAAGGUGAAAGAGGCCAUACGGCUGCUCGCAGAGGAGGGUCUCCUUGACACCAGAGGAGCCUCCUUUUACUACGACGGAUUUCAGUUCUGCGCGUCCGUUUCCGACACCAAAAAUGCGAAGGCUUGGGCGACGAAGGCCUGGGAAGGAUACUGCGCGGUGAGAGGUCCCGACAGCACCGACGCCAAGAACAUGAAGAAAUAUGUGCAGAACCCUCGCGCACACGGGGCGUUCGGGCUGUUGACGAAGAAGACGCUUUCCGGACCGGAGUGA